CGGCGAGAGCGGUGCGCCGCCCUGUAAUUAUCUAGUUGAAGGUUUCGUUGCGCUACGUUGUCACCAACGUCACCGGAAAUGCAGUACGUGGAUCCGCCCGCUCAACAGAUGAUGAGCAUGAUGACAAGCUAUGGAUACGGUCGCGGUGACGCGAUUUCUCCAGCUUCCGACCUUUCAUCGUGCAGCAGCGCGUCAUCGGGCGCGUGGUGCGGUGCUCCGACGGCAACGGCGGCUUGGCGUGACUUACCGACGUACCCACCGCAAUACCCUGCUUAUUGGCCGCCGGCCACGACAGAGGAGACUCGCGAGUUGCAACGCCGUUGUGCUAAGUGUCGCUGCCCAAACUGUCUCACGGAAGCGGCAGGUUUCGGACCGAACUACGGCAAGGAUGGAGCCAAGCGUGAACAUGUGUGCCACGUUCCCGGUUGUGGCAAAGUCUAUGGCAAAACAUCUCAUUUGAAAGCCCAUCUCCGCUGGCACACCGGUGAACGGCCCUUUGUUUGCAACUGGUUAUUCUGUGGUAAGCGAUUUACACGAUCUGAUGAACUGCAACGACAUCUGCGGACGCAUACCGGGGAAAAGAGAUUUUCGUGCCAACUAUGCGCGAAGCGCUUCAUGCGAUCUGAUCAUCUCGCGAAACAUGUGAAGACUCAUGCUAAUGUAUCAAGGAAGACAAAGAAAGCUAAAGAAGAUGACAAAACUGAAUUACUGAAAGCUGCUAGUGUUAAACCCGACCAACAGCCAGCUGAAACCGUAGCUUCGCCAGUCGGUAGUUCAAAUUUCGGCACGGUGCCCGUCGCAAGCGUGCCGAAGCAGAUGUUAAAUUACGGAGCAGUGGCACCUAAGGUUGUAACAAGUGUGCCAAGUGGAUUUACCGGUGGUCCAAUAUAUGGUGGUGCUCCAGUGAUGAGCGCGCCUAGCUGGUGUCCAGAAGUUCGGCAGGAUAUGCUGUACUCGCGAACGCCUGUGCGAGACCAUAGAGUUUACCAGCAGUACCAUACACCGUUGACCCCGUAUCAAUGUGCAACGAAAGAAAACUACGCCGUAUUCCAAGGGCAUUACAGUUUUCAGUCACCGGUCGCAUUGGGUCAGUAAGUGCUUGAAGUGAAAUAUGUGCGGACUGAAUACGCUUUUGUAAAUAGUUAAUUGUUGCUAAUAAUUAUUUUAUGCGUUUAAGUUACCACGAACUCAUGUGAUUUUUUUAAAUUUACAAGUCGGUACGUGCCUUUCAAGUUGAUACUAUGUUGACGU